AACACCCGCCCCUAUAAAAAAAAAAAAAAAAAAAAACUCAUUGAAUAAUGCCACAGUUGCUUAGUUCUGUCAUAAUUGUUCUCUUUUUUUUUGGUUAUAUGUUUAGGUAUUUAUUCUUUCAGAUACUGCAUUUUAUGAUUUGGCAUGUGCUCUUUUAAGAUAUUUGAAAUGCACAUCAUUUUCUAUUAUUAAAGACCUAAUUUCAUUUUGAUGUUUGAAGUUAUUACUAAAAAUGUUUACAUUCCUUGCAUUGUAAAUUUAUAAGUUAUAUAUAUACAGACAUAAUCUCUUUCUGAUUCUAAUGUAUUUUGUGCUUUGGGUAUGGUAUAGCCUUAAAAGUUAAUCUAGACUAAUAGUAACCUUACAGUUAUGUUUGGUAGGGUCAUUUGACCCUAUCAUUUGGAAUUUGAAAUUCUAAAUUCAUUGUUUGGAUAUAUUUUUUUUGAAAUCAUUUGGAUUUGGGUUCAAAUCCGCCAUGGAUUUGGACCGAAACAUAGAAGAAUUUGAAAUGACACCUACACACGUGAAGUUUCAAAUGACAAUAGUUGAAAUCCCUCUAUCCAAACUCAUUCUAAACAUUCUUCUUUUGGCUAUGAAAUGCUUAUACAAGUGUAGCUUCUUAACAUCAUCAAAUAACUAGGCCUUGUUCUUUUUACUGUUUGCAAGCCGUUUUCAAUUUUCCAAAACAGUAAAAACGUGUUUACUUAUCCAUUUUCAAAAAUGUCUUUUCCAAAAACACACACAAAAAAAAAAAGUGCACAAAACUAAAAAUAAGGAAAUCUUGUUUUAGCUGUUUUCAUCGCAAACAUGCUCAAAAUUUUCAAAAUGUGAAAAACGCUACAGAUUGCUAAAAAAGAACGCGUUUUCAGCAAUAUCAAAACAGACAUUCAAAGCACAAAAUUGAAAAUGAAUUCAAAAUUCAAAACUGAAAACUGAAAUACGAAGAGAACAACCCCCCUAGUUUUUAGUUUCUAACAAAUUGAUGAAACACUAUGCCUUGUGGGGCCUUUUCUCUUUGUAAAUGAAUGUGUAGUCUCUUGGGGGAUGCCAUCCAAACUCUUUAUCAUAUUGUUACAGGGAAUUGCUUUAAUUAUUUACUACUUGUGUUUCCAAAAUUAUCAUAAAAUAUUGGAUCUGACAGUUAUGCAUGUUAAAGCACUUUGUAUUCAGUAGUUUAUAUUGUAGCUUGGUAGCUUGCUGUCUGUUUUAAAUUUAAGCUACCUUAGCGCUUUUUAGUGUAUUGUUGUAAAGCUUUAGUUGUUCUCUAUAUAAACAGUAAAGCUAUCUGUUUGUUCAUUAUUAUUGAUUCAUUUUGAAAUCUGAAUUACGAAGUUAGUUCAAUUUUCUCUCCUCUUGUUCGCUUAUCUCCUAUCUAUUAGUCGAUCUCCUCUCCUAGGGUUUCUGAUAUUCUACAUGGUAUCAGAGCCUUCGACGUAAGUCAUGGCAUCCGAUUCAAAUCACUGUACCUCUUCUUCGAUUCCUCCUUGUUCGUCUUUCUCUUUUUCCUCGGCUUCACAUACUGGCUUUGGUGCAGUUGCGAAAGCCUUGAACUACGUACCAAUCAAGCUCGACAACGGGAACUUUAUCUUUUGGAAAGCUCAAGUUCUAGCUACUAUUCGAGCGUUUGAUCUGAUCCAAUUUCUAAACAAUUCGACACCUCCAAAGUUUAUUAUGGAUCUAGAUAGUGGUGAUGUUGAAGCUAUGAAGUUGAAUGAUGACUAUAUGGAUUGGCUGCGGUCAGACCAACUUCUUCUUGGCUGGCUUUUCUCGACCAUUGAUAAAGAUGUCCUGGCGUAGGUGAUUCAUUGUAAAUCAUCUGCUGAGGUAUGGUCUACCUUGGAGAAACUUUAUUCUAGACAAACUGUUGCAAAAUCUUUUCAAUUAAAGCAACAAUUAUGUUCAGUCAAGAAGGAGUCUCUAUCUGUUAAUGACUACAUUUUAAAGAUCAAAACGAUCGGUCAUGCGUUGGCAGCCAUAGGAGAACCUCUUCCUGAUAAUGAGCUAUUAUUAGCUAUUUUAAAUGGAUUAGAUCAUGACUAUGAGACUGUUGUUAGUCUUAUAACAUACCAGAUGGAUGAAAUAGAUUUAGAAAAGGUGCAAUGUCUUCUAUUAAUGCAUGAACAACGGUUAGUCACACAGAAUGUGCCACAUUUGACAAUUGCUUUUGAUUCACCUAUGUCAUCUUCAAUGUCUGUUGAUGUUGCUUCUUAUUCAGCACAAAAUGGAAAUGGAUCUGUUUCGAAUACAAGAGGGGGUUAUAAUAAUCGAGGAGGUCAAUUUGGUACUAGAGGAGGUAGAGGGAGAGGUAGAUCGAAUGGCAAAAGAAUUUAUUGUCAGCUUUCUGGCAAACUAGGACAUUUUGUGGAUAAGUGCUACCACAGAUUUGAUAAGAUUUUUUAUCGGAAUUCUGGUUCUAAUUUUGGAAGAGGAAAUUUAGGUGGCCCAACUAAUUUUCGUGAUUCUCAGGCAUACCUAGCUUCUGUUCGGGACUCUAGCGAAGGCUACAUGACUGAUUUAGGUUCAUAUCAUGGCAAUGCUCAUGGCACUAUCCCUCAGCCGUCUGAACCUUCAUUCUUGCCUUAUGAUCAGUCUGAUCCUGCAUGGUUUGUGGAUUCUGGUGCCACAAAUCACAUUACCUCCAAUGUUCACAAUCUGUCCAAUCAUUCACCUUAUCAUGGAAAUGAUAAAGUUACAAUUGGUAAUGGACAAGGAUUCCAAACAGGUGCUGCUUCAAGGCCAUCUUAGGAAUGGACUCUACUAGCUGAAUUCAACUUUUGUUCCAGCUGCAAUUAGUCCCUCUGUUCAUUCUAUUGAGCCUAUUAAUGCUAUUCCAUCUACUUCUUUUUCUACAUGUAGAAAGCAAUACAAUAAUGCCUGUAAUAAUAAGCACUCAUUCUGUCAUGAGUUGCCGCAUCAUUGUUUCAGUGUAGUUCACACUAGUUCUGAUGUUUGUAUACAAUGGCAUGCUCGUUUAGGGCAUCCAUCAACUCGUGUAUUGCAGCUCAUAUUGAAUAAAAUCCAAGUUCUUUUUUCUUCUAUUCCUUUUUGUGAUUCUUGCAAGCUUGGGAAAUUAAGUCAGCUGCCAUUUAAUCAUUCUGAGAUUAAAGCAACUAAACCUUUAGAACUUGUCUAUUCCGAUUUAUGGGGGCCCUCCCCUGUUCUUUCCAUUGAGGGUUAUAGAUACUAUAUCAUAUUUGUGGAUGUGUAUACUUGAUAUACUUGGCUAUAUCUUUUGAAACUCAAAUCAGAUUCUCUACCCACCUUUAUAGCCUUUCAUAAAUUUGUUGAACUGCAAUAUCACCACAAAUUCAAAGCUUUACAAACUGACAAUGGGGGAGAGUUUAAGGCCUUUUUGCCUUAUCCUAGAAGCUUUGGUAUUCAAGCUCGGUUUUCAUGUCCCUACACACAUCAACAAAAUGGUGUGGCCGAGAGAAAACAUCGACAUAUAGCUGAAAUGGGGUUAACUCUCUAUUAGCUCAUAUUCCCAUAUGCCUCUUAAGUAUUGGGUAGAAGCUUUUCAAACUACAGUUCAUGUCAUAAAUUUGUUACUAGCGUCACCUAUUAAAUUUACUAGUCCAUUUCAGUUGUUGUUUGAGAAAUCUCCCAACUAUUUGCUUCUCCAGCUGUUUGGUUGUGCUUGCUUUCCUUUUCUUAGACCCUAUAGCAAGCACAAAUUUGCUUUUCAUACAUCCAAAUGUGUGUUUCUAGGUUAUAGUCAUUCUCAAGCGGGGUAUAAAUGUUUGCAUCCAUCUGGAAGGAUCUAUGUAUCAAGACAUGUUCAUUUUAAUCCUAAUGAUUUUCCCUAUCCCUCACUGUUUGUUUCUCCUUCUUUUUCAUCAUCUACUACAAAUGUUGGGUUAUCCACUUCUCAUUUUCAGUCUCUUCCUUCCUAUUCCAAAUUGUCUAAAGUAGCACCUGUCUUACCUCCUUCCUUGUCAAACUCCGUGUUUUGUCCGCAAGCUUCAGUAACUUCUCCUGCUAUCACUUCUCCUUGUGAACAAUCAUCUGUUUAAUCUUUUCCUCCUCCCUCUAUUCAGUCGGUUUCAAUUCCCAAAUCCAAACUGCCUGCUGCUCCUUCUAUACAUCCUAUGAUGACCCGAUCUAAAACCCAAAGACUUGUUACUACCUCCCCUCAUGCCUUAGUGAGUUGUCUAGAACCUUAUUCAGUUCAUGAGGCUUUGCUAGAUUCUCGAUGGUUGUAGGCUAUGCAAGAAGAAUUUGCAGCAUUGCAGAGAAAUAAAACUUGGGAUCUUGUUCCCUUUUCAGAAGAUAUGAACAUCAUUGGAAGUAAAUGGGUUUUUAGGGUCAAAUAUAAGUCAGAUGGUUCUGUUCUUAAGUAUAAAGCAAGGCUAGUUACUAAGGGUUUUCUACAAACACCUGGUGUGGAUUAUGCUGAGACUUUUAUCCCUGUUGUAAAGGCUUCAACAAUCAGAGUAUUGUUUUCAUUAGCAGUUAUCUUUGGUUGGGAUAUCCAACAAGUUGAUAUUAAUAAUGCUUUUCUAAAUGGUGACUUGGAAGAAACUGUUUACAUGACUCAACCUGAGGGUUUUGUGAGUUCUCGAUAUCCCUCUCAUGUUUGCAAAUUAAAGAAGUCCCUCUAUGGUUUAAAACAAGCAUCUCGUGCUUGGUAUGUAAAGCUGAAAUCUGCGUUUCAGAAUUGGGGCUUCACAAGAGUUACCUCUGAUGCUUCUCUCCUCAUUAAACGGACUGCCUCUUAUGUUUUAUUUGCUUUGGUUUAUGUUGAUGAUAUUCUUAUAACUAGAUCAGAUGCUGCUGCUCUUGAGCUUUGUAUUAGAGAUUUGGACAGCACUUUUGCUUUAAAAACACUAGGUUCAGUCAAUUACUUCUUAGGGUUUGAAGCUCUUAGAAAUUCAGCUGGAAUUUACUUAACUCAAGCCAAGUACACUAUGGAUUUGUUGAAGAAAGCUGAUAUGUAUGACUGUAAGCCUUGUGCAACUCCUGCCACUUCUGCAUUUUCUCUUACAAAUGAAGGUGAACUAUUUUCUAAUCCAUCUUUGUAUCGAACCCUAAUUGGCUCUUUUCAAUACUUGACAUACACUCGGCUGGAUAUUGCCUUUGUGGUAAAUAGAUUAAGCCAGUUUUUGGCAUCUCCUAAAGUGCAGCACUGGGUUGCUUGUAAACGGCUGCUUAGAUAUUUGAAAGGCAUAGUGGGUUAUGGUCUUUUCUUCUCUCCCUCACCUGGUAGUUUAGCUCUUUCAGUAUACACCGAUGCAGAUCAUGAAGGGUGCAAGGUUACAAGGCGCUCCACCAGUGGUUUUUGUGCCUUUCUUGGCUGUAAUCUAAUUGUUUGGGGUUCUAAAAAACAAACGGUGGUUGCUAGAUCAGUUGGUGAGGCUGAAUACCGCGCCAUUGCUCAAGGUGUAACAGAAUUAUUAUGGCUGAAGUCCUUAUUUUCUGAGCUGGGAUUUUUAGAUUCUAUUCCUUCUAAACCUAUUGUGUGGACUGACAAUUUGGCCGCUAAGAGUAUGGCUGAAAAUUCAGUUUUUCAUGGGAGAACUAAGCACAUAGAGCUUGAUAUUCAUUUCAUUCGAGAAAAGGUUGAAAAGGAUGAAAUAGAAAUCAGAUAUGUUCCUACAGAACAUCAGAUUGCUGAUGUUUUUACAAAAGGCCUCUCUCAGGAUCGUUUUCAGUUUUUGUGUAAUAAACUAGGCUUAAUAUUUUCUCCAAUGCACAAGGGUGGCAGUUCAGAAGAGUCCUCAUUGAGGGGGAAUGUUAAAGCAUCUUGUGGGCAGCUUAUGGUUUAGGAGAGUUCUAAUUGAGGGGGAAUGUUAAAGCACUUUGUAUUCAGUAGUUUAUAUUGUAGCUUGGUAAUUUGCUGUGUGUUUUAAAUUUAAGCUGCCUUAGCGCUUUUUAGUGUGUUGCUGUAAAGCUUUAGCUGUUCUCUAUAUAAACAGCAAAGCUAUCUGUUUGUUCAUUAUUAUUGAUUCAUUUUGAAAUCUGAAUUACAAAGUUAGUUCAAUUUUCUCUUCUCUUGUUUGCUUAUCUCUUCUCUCUAUUAGUCAAUCUCCUCUCCUAGGGUUUCUGAUAUUCUACAUGAAUUCAUGUUUGAAGAACUGCUUCUAUUCAACUCUUAAACACUACAUUCUGUAGCUGAUUUUAUUGUA